AGGGGGCCCGGCGGACGGUCCCGCUGCGGCCGCGGCUCCCGAGCCUGCCCGUCGGGACUCCGGUGACGAGGGGCGGAGGAGGCAGCGGCCGGAGCCGGAGCGGGGGGCGCUCGCCGCUGCCCCGGGGCCGGGACAUGUCGUCGGCGGCGGUGGCGGCUGCUUCCCGCAGGCAGUCGUGCUACCUGUGCGAUCUGCCCCGCAUGCCCUGGGCCAUGAUCUGGGACUUCACCGAGCCCGUCUGCCGGGGCUGCGUCAACUACGAGGGCGCCGACCGCGUGGAGUUCGUCAUCGACACGGCGCGGCAGCUGAAGCGGGCGCACGGCUGCUUCCCCGAGGGCCGGGCCCCGCCACCGCCCCACGCCAAGCAGCCUCCGCUCUCCGCCAAGGAGCUCCUGGCGCAGCAGCAGCAGCUCGGCCACCCUUCGGCGGCGGAGGCGGCGGCGCGGCCCCCGCCGCAGCCCCUGGAGCGCUACUCGCUGGCGGCCGAGCGGCCGCCGCCCCGCCUGGGCGCCGAGUACGGCGGCGGCCGGCAGGUCAACGGGAUCCUGGUGCCCAAUGGCUUCCCCAAGCCCGAGGAGCCGCCAGAGCUCAACCGGCAGAGCCCGAACCCUCGGCGGACGCACGCCGUGCCGCCCACCCUAGUGCCGCUGGUGAACGGCGCCGGGCUCCCCGCCGCCAUCGGCGGUCUGGGCAGCCGCGCCGCCGCCGCGGCCGCCGCCUCGCUGGCCGCCAUCUCCGCCGCGCCCGCCCCGAUGGCCGUGCCCGUGGCCCAGCAGCCGGCGGCGGCGGCGCAGGCGGCGGGGCAGGCGGCGGGGCAGCCCGGCGAGCUGGGGCACAAGCGCCCCGGCUCCGUCUCCUCCUCCUCCUCCUCGGGUGGCGGCGGCGGCGCGGCGGGGGAGCACGACAGCGGCGCCAAGGAGAAGCGGGGCUCCGCCGAGAGCCUGCCGGCGGCGGCGGCGGCGGAGCUGGCCGCGGAGGGCAAGGGCCGGCCGAGCGCCGAGCAGGAGUGGCUGGCCAAGCCCAAGACAGUGCGGGACACGCUGCUGGCCCUGCACCAGCACGGGGGCCACGCCGUGGCCCCCUUCGACAGCAAAUUCAAGAAAGAGCCGGGCAUGGCGGGCGGCAGGCUGCUGGGCUACGAGACCAACGGCUCCGUGGCCAAGCCAGGGGCCCGGGCCGCCCGGAAGAGGAAGCCUUCCCCCGAGCCGGAGGGCGAGGCUGGACCCCCGAAGAUCAACGGGGAGGUGCAGCCCUGGCUGCCCACCUCGUCGGAAGGGAUGAAGCUGCCGCUGACGGCCACCCCCUUCAUGUCGCCCCCGCCGCCCACCGCCUCGCCCCACUCCAACCGGACCACGCCGCCCGAGGCGGCACAGAACGGCCAGUCCCCCAUGGCCGCCCUCAUUCUGGUGGCGGACAAUGCCGGGGGCAACCACGCCUCCAAAGACGCCAACCAGGUCCACUCCACCACGCGGAGGAACAGCAGCAGCCCCCCUUCGCCGUCCGCCAUGAACCAAAGAAGGCUGGGCCCCGGCAGGGAGGUGCCGGGCCAGGGGGCCAACGCGGCGGCGGCGGGCGGCUUGGAGCCCGUCCAUCCCGCCAGCCUGCCGGACUCGUCCCUCGCCGCCAGCGUCCCGUUGUGUUGUACCCUCUGCCACGAGCGCCUGGAAGACACCCACUUCGUGCAGUGCCCCUCCGUCCCCUCCCACAAGUUCUGCUUCCCCUGCUCCCGGCAGAGCAUCAAGCAGCAGGGAGCCAGCGGGGAGGUGUAUUGCCCCAGCGGGGAGAAGUGUCCCCUGGUCGGCUCCAACGUCCCCUGGGCCUUCAUGCAAGGGGAGAUCGCCACCAUCCUGGCCGGAGAUGUGAAAGUGAAAAAGGAGAGGGACUCGUGACUCGCCUGCGCUCGCCGCCCGAUGUCACCUUGAACUCGAACUGCUCGAAUUCUGUAUAUAUCUAUAAAUAUAUAUAUAUAAAUAUAUAUAUAUAUCUCCAAGACAAGGGAAAUGUAGACUUCAUAAACAUGGCUGUAUAAUUUUGAUUUUUUUGAAUACAUUGUGUUUCUAUAUUUUUUGAAGACAAAAGGUAUGUACUUAUUAUAAAGGCAUUUCUUCUAAUUCUUCUCUUUUUUUUUCUGUUUCGUUUUUUCUUUUUUUCCCUUUUGUUAUAGCAACUAUUUGUUGUGCUUCCCUGGUGACAGUUACUGUUCAUUGUAGGCUGUGACUUGCGCUGCUUUUUUUAGAGAGCACUUGGCAAACCAGAAAUGCUUCUAGCUGUAUUUGUAUGCACUUGUUUCUUCUGUUUUUUCUUUUCUUUUCUUUUUUUUUUUUUUUUUUUAAAUGCCAAAUACACUUUCUGACAUUGUAAA